CAGAACGAUGACGGUCAUGACACUGGCAACCUGCCCGACCUAGGGGAUGCGAUCGAUAUUGUGACUUUUAGUCAGAUUCUAGAGAUGGACGAUAGUGAAGACGAUCGUGAAUUUAGUAAAUCCAUCGUCUUCGGAUUCUUCGAACAGGCCGAGGAGACAUUUGAGAAAAUGGACACGGCUCUGGAAGCGCGGAAUCUUGAUGAGCUAUACCGACUUGGUCAUUUUUUGAAAGGCUCGUCUGCGACUCUCGGCUUAACUAAAGUUAAGGACAGCUGCGAGAAGAUCCAACGCUACGGGAAGAAAGAGAACCUCGAUGGCAGCCCAGAGAGGGAUGAGGCGCUCUGCCUAUCUCGAAUCACGGAAACUCUCAAGACAGUUAAGUCAGAGUACGCCGACGUAGAGCAGACCCUCAAGAAUUUCUUCAACUCUACCUAGCCGAUGGACGUGGGUCGAGUUUUUACAUUUUGAGUUUGAAUUGUACUAUGCUACUAGCAACCUUAGCGAUUAUGGUCACCACAUGGACACUCCCAUGGGUGCGACCAUUGCUAAAGGGCUUCGAACAUCAUGAGAAAUGAAGGCUGCUCCAAGUUCUCAGAGAGGGAAAGGAAGUAGCAGCCGAUUAUUCUACCUAACCCAUCAGUUGACUUCAGAUAUACCCCACGCCUGUCCUCUCGUACUUUUACAGCUUCGAUCAUCAGGUAGAGAGCAGUUUACUUUGUAUGAUGGUUUUAUUGCAGGCAGUUGGUUGGUGCGCGUAACUCGGAGCACAAUACACUGUACGAUCAUCUAGGUUAGUCUUAGGAGGCGACAGCUUCUCACGAUCGGACAGGCAAGUCGCGCUCCUCUAAUACACCGAUUUUUUUUUU